CCGAUUGAUUUCAUGCUGUACACACGGCAAAACAAAGAAAAUCCCGAAUUUAUAGAACCAGACAAUUUGGGACAGAAUUUUAUAAGUGGGUCUUCACAUAAAGGAACCGUUUUUAUAAUCCAUGGGUUUACUGAUAGUGGAUAUGGUGAAUGGGUACAGGAUAUGAAAAGCGAACUUCUACAGUUUGACAACUUAAACGUUAUUGUCGUCAACUGGAAAGAAGGGGCUAAACGUUCGGGUUGGAGGUUGUACGUCAAUGCUGCCCAUAACACGAGAUAUGUUGGCUUAAGAACUGCUGAGUUGAUACGAGCUAUAUUUUACCAAAAGCUUAUUCCUGAAAGCAAGAUACAUAUGAUUGGACACAGUCUUGGAGCUCAUUGUUCAGGCUUCACUGGUAAAAACGUAAAGAGUAUGACGGGCAAGAUAAUUGGUAGGAUCAGUGGACUGGAUCCCGCGGGCCCAUUGUUCGCAAACAGUAAACCUGAUCAACGACUCGAUAAAUCUGACGCCAAAUUUGUGGACAUCAUCCAUACUAACGACGGGAAUUUAGUGGGUAUUAUUUCAGCUUUUGGUUGGAAGAAGAACUCGCCGUUAGGACAUGUAGAUUUUUAUCCUAAUGGUGGUAGCAAACAGCCUGGCUGU